CGUCCAGCUGACUCUAAGUGACCAAUAAUGAGGACGGUGGAGGUAGGUCUUUUGGACAUCCAUAUGAAGAAGAUGAUGAUGUGUGUUCUCGUCAUGAAAACAUGAUCAAAGUGACCGACUACGAUCAUGGCACUGGCGUUUCCAUACACGUUCAUCUCCUGCCCCUGUUCGGAUGCAUCACGGAGAGCAUUGACUUCGAAGCGCUCAUCGAGGGAUGUAGACUUUGAUCAAGAGAUUCAAGAUGAGGACGCUUUCGACCCCCGGAAUCCGCGUUCUGCCUUUUCUCUAUUUCCUCCUGAGCACCUGCUAUAUUGCGAAGAAUGUCACGACAUCAAAUGCCCUCGAUGUGUGACCGAAGAGAUCAAUGCCAUCUACUGUCCGGAUUGCUUGUUCGAAAGCCCGAAAGCCAUGGUGAGAGGCGAAGGAAACAGGUGUCCCAGGAACUGUUUCCACUGUCCCAUAUGCACAUCGCAGAUGAUUACUACCUCUGUGGGAGGUGCAAAGGAUGGACCGUUCAUUCUCAACUGCAAUUACUGCAUGUGGAACACGCUUGACAUCGGCAUCAAAUUUGACAAAGCCACAAGCAUCCGCAGCCAACUGGACGAGAUCUCAAACAAGGGUAGACCGAAACCACCGACGACGAUCUCUUCGCCCUAUUCGGGCCAAGACGAACCCUGGAGGAAGUCCUCUCUUCCUCAACCUCCUUUCUCGCCGAGCGAUCAGACUGAGACCGCUGAACCGUCAGAUACGGCACAGACUACAAUGGAUGCAACGGCCAGGUUCAAUGCGCUCAAAGCAUUCUACAAAGAUCAGAUUGCCGCGAUCUCCGACACAGAUGCAGGCUUUCCGACCUCGGCCCUUGACAUCAACUAUUCCUCACCAUCGUCCCUGCAACGUAUCAUGAACAUUUACACCAACCGUGAAAACUCCCUGAAACGAGCGCGACAAAAGCCCAGUAUCAUGCGAGAAGCAAGAAGCGCGAGUGAAGGCCUCAAACUUGCAGAACCAUCACAGUCCUUCGGUUACGACGCAUCCCCAACACCCUUGCAGCGUGCCUUUCAGUGUCCUUCAUUCAUAGGCAACCCAGACGCCCAGAAAGCAUCAAACCUACGACCAAUGCCGACGAUGAUGCGCACCAAGCGCUCCAAACGCUGCGCAGCAUGCAAGCACAUCCUCACCCGGCCCGAAGUCAAUAUCAGUUCGUCACGCUGGCGCAUCAAACUGAUAGCACUGAACUACAUCCCUUACGUGACCGUCAAACCACUCCCCGUGUCCGGCGGCCUGCCACCACCCGGGCCUGACGGCGAAGACACGAUCCUGAACCCAGGCAAGACUGUACAAUUCGUCAUGACGCUGCGCAACCCCUUGUUUGAAGACGUCAGUGUUAGUCUGGGCAGUCCCAGCGUCACACCCGGCAAGCAUGGCCACCGCGUCACGAUUUUGUGCCCGCAAUUCCAGAUCGGCAGGAAUAGCGACGCGUGGGAUGAUGCCCUGAAUAACCCGCCGAACCGGGGCUUGGUAAAUGCAGCGGGGGGCGAGCAGAUCGCCGGGAAACUGUACGAGCAGGGCAGGAACUGGGCCAGCGUGGUCCUGGAGAUUGUGCCGGCUAGUAUCGUUAGGAAAGAGGGCGAAGAGCUGGACGAGGAUGAAGAUGUCAUUGAGAUCCCGAUUAGGGUCAGGCUGGAGUGGACGGUCACGGAUGAGGAUGCGGGUAUUGAGAGACGUAAAAAGGAGAAAUUGCUUGACGAGUGCGAGGACGCAGAUGACAGGAGGAGGGAGUUGAGCUACUGGAUGGUCAUUGGCAUUGGGAGAGUGCAUUGUUGAAGUCCAGUAGAGUCUGGUUGGGGGUGUUCAACGUUGUGUAUUGAAUGAUACCCAUAUGAGCGUCUAUGAUUGAUCGCAGUACCUCCGUCGCAUUCAGAGCAGCCUGAGGGCUUUGAUGAUCGUAUGGCCUGCCUCAACUUCCAUACUUGU